CCCGCAGCCCCCGGGGAUGCGUGAUGAUGAUUCACCUGAAGGACCAGCGUCUCGCCCGGUCCAUUGUUGUCUGAGGUUGGCCCGAGGAUGGGCGGGAGGCGGGGCCGGGGAGGGUGCUCCCGGGAGCCAGGCCCCGGGGUCGCGCCCCGAAGUUGGGGGCCCCGCGCACUGCGCCCGGGGGAGGUGGCCGCGGCAGGGCGGGCGGCUUUGUGGCGCGCGCGGGUUCCACCGCAGGCGGCGCGGAGGCGGGGCCCUGCACAGGCGUCCGCCAAACCCCCGCUUUCGGCCGGGCCGCGGCCGCCGCACAUGGCCGGCUCCGCAAGGGCCGGCUUCCCUGCGCACACGAAUAGCCGCCUGGACGCGUUCCUGCGGAGGCGGCUGCCGCCCGAGGUCUACGACGCCAUCCGCGCCUACGAGCCGUGCAUCGUGGUGUCCGACUCGGAGAAGCACACCUUCAAGUACGUGGUCCUCAGCGAUCGGCUCAUCUACCUGACCGAGAACCCGCCCAAGUCCAUACGGCGAGCAGUGGCGCUGCGGGACGUCGUGGCCAUUGACCUGAUUGAUGAUUACCCACAAUUUCUGAGUCCACCAGACAGAGAAACCAACCAACAUAUUCGUAUCAUCUAUUCUUCAACUGUUUUGAAAAAAGAGUGUGAAAAAUCAAAAGGUGUCAAGAAAUUCUCAUUUCCAUUUCAUCCAUCUCAUUUCCAUUUCAUUGCCGCUUCUAACAACAAAAAAGUUGAAGAAGAGAUUAAUGGCCCUGUCUUUUGGAGAGGCAAAGAAGUUUGCCGAAGUUUGAAUGAAUCCUCUCUCAGGUACCACCAAGAGGUCAGCACACCAUCCACAGACUCAACCUUCUGUCUUCCUUCAGACCUCAAGGAGCCAUCUCUUCAUGGCCAAAGUGCCUUUCGACCCUUACCCACCCCCUCCAGGAGGAGCUGUCAAUCCACAUCAGCUACGGGAAAGGUUGUCACCUUGCCAUCUUGCACAACCAACACGAAAGAACCCAAGGCACUGUCAGAUCACAACGGUUCUCUAAGUGAAGUCCCUUUAAAGGGCAAUGGGAACGGAAAUGAGUUUUACUCAGGAAAUUCCUCCCUGGCUUCCCCUUUACAGAGCAACCCAAACCUAGAGAAAAAGGCAUUGGAACUUCAUUUGUACAUUAUUUCUACAACCUCAUCGAUAUUUCUGCACUUAAAAAGUUCGUGGACCAAUUAUAUUAUAAAAGCUACUCUUUUACAAGAUCCCCUACGUGCUGGUGAGCUCAGUCCUAUCGGAAGUCAAAAGCCAUAUAGAUCUGAGGAGAAAAUUAAGCACUUCGGUCAACUUAAAUCUGAACUUUUCCUUAAAGACAAUACGUUGAGGAAGAUAGUUUGUCUAAUUACAGAACUUAAAGUAGCAGCCCAGAAAAACUUCAUUCUGAAAAGGCUUUUCUGGAAAACCAGUGACCUUUUCUAUUUCCUAGUGAACAAACUUCAUGAGUACUUGCCAGAGUCUAGGGAUAAGAGCACACUUCAAAAUAGAAGCCAAAGGGCUGAUGAGCUGCUGGCAUGCAUUGAAAUUAUGCAGACUCUGGGACUGAUGUUCAGAGAAACAGAAACUGAGUCAUCACGCCUAAAGACAUUGGCAGCUAAGAAGGGAGCAUUAUUUAAUCUUUUGGUAAUAUUAAUUAGUGAACCUCAGAUUCCAAAAUCUUGUCCUGUGUUUGAUAUCCAGUUGGUGGCUGAUUCAACUUUAGUUGAGAUGUCUUUUGAUGCUGAGUUACAGAACCUUAUCAAGGAAUAUACAGAUACAGCUACGGCACUUUUAUAUGAGAUAUUUCUUGUCUUUCAGCAGGGAAAUCUUGGAUUGGGACCAGAAGAGUUUGCUAUUAGCUGGAUGAUGUCCUUCCUACAAAGUCGUCCUCCCUUCAUCACCUUCCUGGCCAGUAUUGUGAAACAAGUGGUAAAGGGGCUUGGAGCUUCAUUUCAGCCGCUAAGUCCCAGCCAAGCCGUUCUGCUGUAUCAGCAGUUUUACAUCCUCAAGAGCUGCCUGCAGUACAGCCAGACUUUAGCUGAGUAUAUUAGGAAUGACUACAGAGAAGAAUUCAGGUACUUUAUUCACAUGCCAGCCUUGGAAAAAAGGCUCCCAUUGUGGUAUCCUAUUACCCAACCCACCACUCAACUUUUUCAUGAAGUUCUGAAAUUGGUUGAACAGAAACAAUGUGUGGAACGUUAAUAAGAAUCUCAAAUGUUAAUCAGGAGUCAACCUAAUAUUUACGAGAAGACUUAAAAUUUUGACUUAUUUAAUAUCUGGCUAUCCCUGUGUCUUACAAACAGAUUUUAUUUAAAGGUUCCAUCAAUACCCGUAAGAGAAGUCUUUAAACAGUCGUUUAUCUGCCACAAAAAAAUCAACUUUAAAUACGAUGACAUACGUAAAGUGAUGCUAAAAAAUGAGUGUUCCUCUCAAAAGAAGUUUCUAAAAAUAAAAAACUAUAAAGAAAACAGAGGCCUGUGGAGAGUAAAUGUAGAAAGUGCAACCUGAUGAGUUUGUUGGUGUGACAAUGGAGAGUGGUGUGAACCCACUGAAAUACCCAAAGAUAAACCAUGUGGGGACUGGAAAUUGCAAGGUGGUCAUGAGAGAAAUGCUGAGCAAUAGGUAGACACCCCUGCCUGUCUACCUGUAAAAAUCCCAGUGAAGUAAGUACUCACCAGAGAAAGAGCAGAAGAACACAGGCACAGCUAGAAGAAAGGUCAGUUCUUCAUUUACCAUGGGGAAGGAAGCUUGGGCUUUCUUCACAAUUAAAUGCAUUCGGGUGCUCAGUUUCAGGCACUCAUGGGCUAGUGUGAGACUCUCAUAGAGUCUCUGUGAAAGAGAAAUUGUCUUUAAGCAGUUAUGGCUCUCCCAGCCAUUUAAAAAAAUGUCUUCACUUUAUCUUAUGGUAAUAAACUAAUCCAACAAAAACUCAA